AUGCUUAACGAAAGCUUAGAAUCUGACAAGGAGAUCGAUCCCGAAAAAGAAAGACAAAGAUUGAUGAUCAAGAGAUAGAAGUCAAUUGAGGAGAGUCUCCAAUUAAAUGUCAAAGAUCACAUCAUUAAAUUGGAAGUAAAGAAUUCUAAUAACUCAGAAUUACUUGAUUGAAUUGAAAAAAGACUUAGAAAACAGCAAAAAAGAAAUGGCGAAUUUAAGAAUGGAAAUUUCGACUGUGAAGAAUAAUCAUGGAACAACGAGCGAUGAUCUAAGUACAUUUAUACAGAAUGAUGUAACUAUUAUUACAAACUCUAGGCAAAAAGACUUCUUAAUGAAACUCUCAAGAAAUCUUAAGAAGUUUAACAUGAUAGUGAAUUUUUAGAUGCUUAAUUAAAUGUAUUGAAAAGCGAUAAAGAUAAAUUAUUAGAUGUUACAACUACAUUGGAAAAAAGAAUUGUGUCAUGUGAAACAGAUGUAGGAUUUAAACAUGUUUAUGAUUGA